AGAUACAACGUACUGGAACUACUAGUGAUGCUAACGACAUGAGUUCAGAGAACGAACAAAAUGAUAAUGCCGUGAAUAUGGACAUGCACGAGAAUGUCGAACCAAUCAUUGAUGAUAUUGCAGAAGAGGCAAACAACAUAGACGAAAAUGAAUAUUCAUCGGAUUAUCGACUCACUGCAGUGAUAUGUUCUAUGAGAGGAGGGUUGGGAUUGUCAGAUGCAGAUGUGAAUGCCUUGCUCUCCGUUAUAUGUCACCCUUCUUUCGAUGCAAGCCGGCUACCAUAUAGAAAUUCUCGUACUUUGAAGGGUUGGUUACGUGGAAAGCAUGCAGACAAAUCUUGGGAGCACAUUGAUAUGAGGACAGAUGAUUGGCCGGCAGAAGCGAAGGCUGGACUUUGGGUGAGAAAAUGGGAUGUAGCAUUUGAGACUGUGAUUCGAGACGCACUGAUGAACGACACUAACUAUACGCUAGAGGCAGACUCAACAUGUCAUGAAGAAAACAUGGUGUUCACGAAUGCGAAAUCGGCACAGUUUUGGAAACAAGCACAAGACAUAGUUCGAAAUGACAAAGGAUUAGAUCGAAAUGGACGCAAUGAUGAAGCAGUGUCGAGGUUAGCGUCAUCUGCAGUUGACAAGAUCGGAGGAGACUCUGAAGUGAGAGUCAGCACAACAAGUCAACAUAUGAUAACAGAAGAGCAAAAUAAGGCAAAGACGAACCUCGAUAGAGUGGAAACAAAUGAACAGCCGACGUUGCCGGCUUCGAAUCUUCUGGGAGGCUCGACUGACAUUGCUGUAGAUGACAAGUCAACAAUUGCAAAUAUGGAGAUAUUGUCAGAACACGAAGGAAAGACAUCAGGGGGAAGUAACCCAGAGAGGCCGCAAGAGUGUGAAGGUCAUAUGAUAGCAGAAGAGCGAAAUGAGGCAAAGACGAACCUCAAUGGAGUGGAAACAAAUGAACAGCCGAUGUUGAUGGUGGAAUGUGAACUGCGAACGAGAAUUGAAGUCGACCAUGGAGAGACAAAUUGUGUAAGACUUGCUCUACAACCGGCUUCGAAUCUUCCGGGAGGCUCGACUGACGUUGCUGUGGAGGACAAGACAACAGUUGAGAAGAUGGAGAUAUUGCCAGAACACGAAGGAAAGACAUUAGGGGGAAGUAACCCAGAGAGGCCGCAAGAGUUUGAAGAUCAUAUGAUAACAGAAGAGCGAAAUGAGGCAAAGACGAACCUCGAUGGAGUGAAAACAAAGGAACAACCGACGUUGAUGGUGGAAUGUGAACUGCGUACGAGAAUUGAAGUCGACCAUGGUGAGACAGAUUGUGCAAGACUUGCUGUACAACCGGCUUCGAAUCUUCUGGGAGGCUCGGAUGAUAUUGCUAUGGAGGACAAGACAACAGUUGAGAAGAUGAAGAUAUUGCCAGAACACGAAGGAAAGACAUCGGGGGGAAGUAACCCAGAGAGGCCGCAAGAGAAGGAUGAAGGAACCGGAGUUGUAGUGUAUUUGGAUGUAGAUACAGAGGAGGGCGAGGAAACACAAUCUAUGGAGCAGAAGGUGGUGGCAGCAACUAUUGAUAUAACGAAUGUCGGUGCACGUCUCGUACAGGAACGAAACAAAGUUCGAGAUAUAACACGACAUAGAACAUCUGAAGAAGUGAAGAGUGUACGAACAAGAACGGAGCGUUGGAGGACAAAUUUGGUCGAAAUGCACCGCGAAGCGAGCAAACGAAAAUUGCAGAUGGAAAAAACAGAGAAGCGAGAUAACGACAUUGACAUCCGACGCAGGGAAGAGUCUUCAAAGUGUACUCCGAAGUCGAAGACAGUACACAGGAAAACGCUGGUCGGAGCAACCCCUCUUGCUCCAAGUAAGUACGUCAUGGAAAAGAAACGGGAGCACAACAAGGGUGAAGCGACUGUUGUGGACAGUGCAGAAGUAGGAGGAAGCGGUGAGGAUAUCGAAGGCAGCAUGCGUUGUGGUCGGCAGGCUGGCGAGAGCAGUGGAGGUAAACAUAUUGGAGGUCGCGACAUUCAGCACAAGCAAUGGCAUGUGGAACGAGAAUGUCGACAACCAUCAUUGACAGAGUGCGAAGACGAGCAGCUGGAGCAAAAAGAAGCAAAUACGGAAGAGGACGAGAACAACAGAGACAACGACAAUUUUGGUGAACGUGAAUCGAAUGAAGACGAGGAUGAUGAUAAUGAAGACGGUCGUGAAGAGGAUGACGAGAACGACGCACACUUCACAAACGAGAAAGCAAUAGUUAUGCGAGGACGCGAAAAACGGGAUGCGUCGGAGAAAAACAACCUGAACAACCGCAUUAGUGACAACAUCCACACGUUAUACGCGCACUCCAAAAUAGUGAAGCAAUUGAUGCGUUGCGUAGCGAAGGACUUUUGUUUAUCCCGAGCCAAGGAUGCAGAGAUGUAUCCGUCAGUCGACACGUAUCUCGAAUCCUUCAGGGGUCUCACCGAAUCUCUGGACCCGGACACACGAUUCAUCGUAGAUCAGUCGAUGAAGAGCACAACACCGACAACACUUCGCACACUCGGAUCAAGGGAGCUGACGAACAUCAGAGGAGAGAUCGCUUACGACAUUGUYCGGGCUUUUUGGAGCGCCGYGGGGCURCCUUAUCCAUGCGGAACUGUAAGAGAUCGUUUUGAAAAGGAGCGAGAGGAGAUGAGGACGAAAAUGCUCGAACAAUCAUCGUGGAGAGUGAAAGGCGAAGAGCCGUCGAGCGCAACAGAGUUUAAGAAUGUCAUGCGAGACGUUUUAUACAGAGAUUGRAAUGAAGCAGGUCGAAAUGGUUGCACUCUCCAACAACUCGCAUUCGCUCAUAUGGUGUUAGAGUGUCACAUCAGCAACAAAAGUCGACCCGCACGCACGGCAGCAGCGAGCAAGGAAAUGCGAAGAAUAGAAGAAGCCAUCGUGUCAACUUGCGAGACCUGUAUCAGAAAAGUGACUAUAAAUUCGAUGGGCGUGACGAGGGAUGCAGUCGACUGCGGGAAGAAAUGGGACAACGUGAUGCAGCAAUUCAAGAAGAUCCACAAGUUUCAGAACCUCUCCGGCGGGAAAGACUACUUCAAGCUCGCAUCGAAGGCUAGGCGAUCGGAGGGCUUCAGCUUCGUCAUGGACCGGAGCGUGUACGACGAAAUUGAGGCCAUGACGAAGGGGGAUCACACGAUCCACCCGAAAAAUUUGGCGGACACUGGGGCGGCCGGUGGGGUUCAGAUGCCGGCAGGCGCGGGUGCUGCAGGGGACACCGUGGCCACUGAGGGUGGAGGGGAGGCAGCCGACGAGGAGCAGGGGUCGACGAAAGACUCCACAUUCAGCGCGGGGAGCGGCGGCGGUUAUGGGAAGAGGAAGAACAUGCGGCAACAAACCUUUGAGAGCGUCGCCGAGGUCAUGGACAAGCAUGAUGCGCUUAUGGCGAGCACAAUGGACAACGCGAGCAAGCAGCAAUGCUCGAUGAUGUUACGUAAGUGCGAAAUCCUAGAGAGCGAAGUGGAAGUGUAAAGGAAACAUUAUGCUGCGGCGGAUGAGGCGAACAGAAUGAUGUGCGACGCCCGUAUGGAGAUAGCAAAAGCCAUCCGCGA